AUGCUCGCUGGUCCUUCUUCUACGGGCUUGCGAAUCAGGGGCGGCCGCCAUGGGGAACCGGGAUCGUCGGAGACGGCCGUGAUCCAAGCGGAGUACGCCGCCGUAGACGCCCGCGAGAAGGCCAAGGAGGACUCGGAAAAAGCGAGGCGCCUGCGCGCUCCCGUGAGGAUCAGGCUCGCGCCUUCAACGACGGAGCUGCGCAUGCCGAGCGAAGGCGAGGUGUCCAUGGCGUCGCUCCGAGCGUCGAGCUCCGCUCGCAUGGUCGAAGCUCUUCUGCAGAGCAUCACCGACGAACCGGCGCCGGACGCGCCGCCGUCUCGACCCGUUCGUUCCGCCGGCCGCAAGCGCAAGGGAAACCCGUUCGCGGCCUUGGGAGACGACGGUUCCGAUUCCGAUUCCGACUCCGACUCCGGGUCCUUGGGCGCGGCGGGAGGCCGCGUUGGCAUCAUCUCGAACGGUCGAACGUCGAGCUCGAAGCCUGCCCAGAGAACGGGGGCACUGUUCACGAACAGCGCCGGUCGCGCGUUCGGCAGCGGCCCGCCAGCGGAGGAGGGAGGCGGUCUCAUGGCGUUCGCGUCUCCAUCGAGCUUCGCCGGAUUUUCUGGCACCGGGGGCGGCGCGGGGGCGGGGGGGAUGGGAUCGGUGGGGUUCGGAGGGUCGAAAGUGGGUGCGCUUGCUGGUGCUGCUGCCGCGGUGGCGACGAUGGGAGCAGGGCCCCAACCCGCCGCUUCAGCAGCGAGUGUUGGUGGUGGUGCCGGCGAUGCCGAUGACGAUGAUGAUCCCGACUUGUGAAGUGGCUGGGUGGUGCCAGAGCGAAGCCCGGCAUUGUGCGGGGGACAGUCCGACCCCGGCACCUGAACAGGCCAGCGGAUGCGCAGUGUCAUGCGGUGACAGGCCAGCGGAUUGGUUGUGUUCGUGCGGUUGUCAAGCAGACACGAUGAUGACUGCUGCCACGUAUUGGGUCUUGAUGGCGUUUCGUUUUUGUCCUCGUCUGAUUUCUCUUUGUUUGACGGGUGACGGAUUGACGGGUGUCUUGCGCCCUUGGGUAGGUUAGUCAAGUGUAGGAGCGACAGCCUGGCGCAGAGGCACUACUGUAUCGGUCAUGUUUUUGGUUUUUAGUGCACGGCGUGCCGUAUGCGUACUACUUCGCUCGGUGUCGUGUAAGAGUGCGAGCGUAUGCAUUACAGUACCAGAUGACCGACCCCCUUUUGCCCCGAACAUGUGCAUUCGUCGAUGUCUGAAUGAUGAUUAGCUUUUCAAUAUUCGUAGGGCCUGAUGCAGGCCUUCCCAAUGUGUGGGCAGCGCAGCACCCAGACCGACUGAUGUAUCGUGUUCGGCGGGGUGUUCGAACUUCGGGUACGGCGGGGACGGAGACGGCGGCUCUUUUUUGCGAGCUGGGGGAAGAUGGUAGGCAAGGCGUGGUUCUUAUCACCUGGCAAACGAAACCCGAAGCAUGCGUAUCUUGUAUCCCCCCCCUUUUUUUUUUCCUUGCAGCUGUAGACACGGGGAUCGAUUCAGGAGACGACGUGUACGGCUUUCACCAGCGACGGCGCGACCGGAGCCAUAUCUCGUGCAAGCGCUCCAUCACUCUGUGUAUCACGUAAUAAGAGAUGGAAGAAUAGAUGUGAUGUGGGACAACCUCUCACUACUGUUCUUCUCCAACACAUAGCGUGGCAGGGAGAGCGCCUCGGCAAGGAUAAUCUCGUUGUAAAUAUUACGGGUGGCGGAUCGAUCGGGUUAAGAGAUGGAAGAUAGGUCGUGUACGCCCGAGUCGUUUGGGUGGUGUUGCAUGGCAUUUUCCCCUACAUUGACACGAAUUGUAGCGCUUUUGUUGUUUUGUGGGUUCUACCGGGUGCUCCGUGCAUACGCAUACAUAAUGGCCAGCCAACCUUCGACCAUUGAUGGGGGUGAUGGAUUCUCUGCCCCGUUGGCUUGGCAGGCCGUGGUUUCAGGCAGGGUGCACAGAAGAAGUCCUUCUGGGUUGCCGUUAGUUAAAGUUAUUAUCAAGGUGUGCGGAGGCACCCCGUCUGGCCCUGCGGCGAUUGAUUGCAUCUAGCAAGAAUGAUUGAGGAUCCUCAUUG